AUGUGGACUUGGUAGAUAGAUGCUUUACUGUCAUUGAUGAGGAAGGACCAUGCAGUUUGCUGCAGGUUGUUGUUGGACCCACUUCUAGAGAGAGACGAUAAAAGUUUCUCGAGGGGUAACAUUGGUAGAAGUGAAUUCCCCAAAUUGAUUCUCGAAGAGGAGAAUAUAAGCAAAAAUGAGGCUGAAAAAUCAGUUGAGAAGACUCUGUCCACUAGAGAAAUCAUAACAUUUCUGCUGUUCUGUUCUUUCUUUAUAAUAGUAGUGUACAUGCAAGUCAACGUAGGCGAAAGUUACUCAAUGAAUAAUUCAAUCAAAAUAGGACUCUAAUAGAACGACCAAGCUUUCGAUUAGAUUAAUAUAGAGUAGUCUUAUUGGAUAUGGCUUAGUAACUUUGUUGAUAAGCUAUAUGAUGAGAACUACUAUGAGGAUUUCAAAAUUCCUGAAGGAAAAAGACAUGCGAUUCCGAAUUUGAAUAUUUUAGCAUCACCAAUUCGAAUCACCUAACGUAGAAUGAAGCUAGUACCUAAUGAUGAUAUAUACACAAAAGAUUACAUCAAAGAGGGUUGGGCAUCUCUUGGGUUUGAAUACACAGAAGACUAUAAUGGUGAUGAAGAAACAACUGCAACCUAUGGAAAAAAUAAAUAAUUCAACUACCAGCUAAAGGAUACAUAUUCAUCAAAAGGUGGUUAUCUUUAAGUUAUUGAUAUAUUCAAAUAUUCAAGAAACUAAUCAGCAAGUUUUAUUAAUGAUCUAAAGAAUAAUGGAUUUAUUGAUAAGUAAACCAGAUCCGUGGUUCUUGAUGUCGUGGUAUAUAAUUCUUAUACUGAGUUUUUUACAAUGAUUAAUUUUAUAGCAAUGUUUGAAGCGAAUGGUCUUAUCACAACUUCAAUAAUUUUACACGAUUUGAAAAGAGAUUAUUAUGGUGAGGGCUUAGGAUAUUUUAGAUUGAUUUGUGAAAUAUCGUUCUGUUGUUUGCUAAUAUUCUAUUUCAUCAUUGAAUUCAUAGAGAUUAUUGGAGAUAUUAAGGCUAAAAAGAGGGAGCAUGAGAAGGAGUAGAAAAAGGAAUAAGCUAGAUUAAAUAAGAAAAAAGAGUAGCUUGAGCUAGCCAAGGAGGAAGAAUUCGAAAGAAGCUAAAGUGUAUUACCAAAGACUCCAGAUGUUGGUAAAAAUUCAGAAAAAAAGGAUAAAACUCCAAGUGAAUUUACAAAUAUAAUGCAGAGUAAAGAUGACCCAGUUAAGGAUAAAGUUACAGAUGAUAAGAAAACAAAAAGAAACCCCUUCCUUCAUUAUUGCAAAUUCGUUGUCAAUGGAAUUAAAGACCAUUACGAUGAUGGAUGGAAUUGGAUUGACUCAUCUUUCCUGGUUUUGUCAUUAGUUGCAGUCUGUAUUUGGGCAACUCUAGCUAGUUAACACAUUUCAGGAAUAGCAAAUAAGGACUUUAUUGAGUUCAGGAAUGUAUCCAACAAUGAAAUAUUCUUGAGUGUUUCUGAAAAAUUACUGAUCUACAGCAGAAUAUGCUCAAUUAAUUUUAUACUUAUCUUUAUCAAGGUACUUAAGUACUUAGCAUCUUGGUUUGAAAGAGUGAUGAUCAUUUUCAAGACACUAUCCUAUGCCAAAUCUGAUAUUUUCUAUUUCCUGAUCAUGUAUAUCAUUAUUUUCUUUGCAUUUGUGGUAAUGUGUCAUAUCUAUUAUGGUGCAGAUCUUACAAACUUUGGAACUAUAUUCAACUCCUUAACAACCUUGUUCUUGAUGUUGCUGGGAGAUCUUGAUGCUCUAGAUGAUAUGAUUGUUUUGAAUAAAGUACUUAGCUUUUUUUUCUUCAUUGCUUUUAUGACGAGUAUGUAGUUCAUUCUAAUCAACAUGUUCAUCGCCUUCAUUUCUAAUGCAUACUCUGCUGUGAAUGAAAGUAUUUCCAGUUCCAAGAAGCUUGAAGAUGAAUUGAAACAGAAGCAUAUUUUAGUAAAAUUCUAAGAUUUUUAUGUUUGGAUGAGAACAAGAUGCUCUAGAAGAACUUUGAAAAAAUAAUAGGAAAAAAAGUUAGUUAAGGCAUAAAAAGAAUUUGUAAAAGACAAUGUACAAAAAUCAAUUAAGGAUAUAAUGAUGGGGAAAUUUAAAGUCAAAGAUGAUGAUGAGCCUGUCUCAAAUGAUUCAGAGGAUCAAAACAAAAUUAGAAAAGAGAGAUAUUUGUUUGGGGAUCCAUAGAAUCUUAAUGAUAGUAUUGAUAAAGUGAAUGUGUAAGAAAAUAAUAGUUUGGAUAAGCAGAAUAUAUCUGAUCUAGCUAUUGGAUUGCCAUUCGAUGAUAAAGAGUCUAAUAAAAAGAGUGGUACCACUAAUAGUAAUGAGCUUACAUCUAAACUUGAAGAUGUUGAUGAGGAUUUAGAUGAUAGUUAAGGAAACUCUCAAGAUGAUAAUAUAGCUAAAUCAAGAUAAAGAUUGGAAGAAGAAAAAUCUAAGAUCAUAUUAACAAGAAAGGAGUGGGAUAAAAAUUUUGAUUAGAAUCAGUUUUCAAUUGAGGAACCAUUAUUACCAGCGCUACUCUCUGAGAAGUAAGAUGUUCAAGGCAAGAAGGAUAGAGAACUGAAAUGUGGAAAGAUUAUGUGGGCUUCGAUCACCUUUACUUUAUAUGCAGCUUUAUACAUCUCUCUCAUAUUAUUCUAGUUGAAUGUUGAGAGAAAUUACUGGUAUAAUACAGCCAUUAAAAAUGCAGUAAUGGGCUUAGUAGAUCUUUCAAACUAUGAUAUUACAACAAUUAAAGAUUAUGAUGGUUUAGUUUAAUGGUUAGAAGAAGCAUUGCCAACUCUAGUUGUCUAGACAACUUAGCAAUAGACUAAUUUUACAGGAUACUAUAUUUAAGAUGUAAAUUAUGUUCUGGGUGAUUAAUUGAGAUUUUGCUUUAGAAUCUCUAAAAUAAGAGAUAAUGAUGCAGGUUCUAGCUAUCAAAGCCAUUACUACAAAGAUGAUGACUCAGAAAAUGAGUAUAAGGAAGAUUUUAUUGGCUCUUACAGUAAUAUUCAAUACUCAUAUUCCAGCAAUGGAUACCAGAACGAAGGUGGUUACUGCUUAGACUUUAGUUUUAAUCCAGACCUAUAUAAAGAUUAACUUCAAGACUUUGUUGGGGAUAGAAUAAUUAGUGAUAGGACUCUCUCAUUAACAAUUGAGUUUGUUAGCUUUGAGGCAUCUUAAUAUGUCCACACUUAUUCUACAAUAAAAUUUUCAUUCCCUUCAGAUGGUAGUAUAGUAAGCAUGGUCAACAUUUUCACAAUGAAGUUAAACCAGUAUAAAACUUAAGGAGAUUUGAUCAGACUAGGUUUUGAAGCACUCUAUUUGCUCUUGCUCCUCUAUAAUAUGUUCAUGUUUGUUAGAAAACUUAUUGAUAAGGGUAAACAGUAUAAGAGAUGGAAGAGAAUAGAAAUUGAUUCUCUAUCUGAAGUUGAGAGGAAAUAAAGAUAUCAAAAAGCCCCAGAAUGGAUCAGAUAGUGGAAUGCUCUAUUCACUUCAUUCACAUAUUUCGACAUAAUCUACUUUUCGUUAGCUGUAACAUCAAUUGUAUUUUGGAUUCUAUACAUUUAAGGAGCUUCCGAAGUAGAUUUUGCAUUACCUCCGUCAAAAGAAAAUUAAGGAUUCAUAUCUAAAUUCUUCUAAGUUUAGAGAUUACUAAUGAACUAUACAAAUGUUGUGGCAAUAAAUACCAUUUUCUUAAGUGUCAAGGUCUUUGAUUACAUGAAUAAGAGUAAGCACAUGAAUAUGUUGAGUAACACUCUUUAUUCAUCGAAGGAAGACACUUUCUAUUUUUUGAUUAUUUUCGCUAUAUUCCUCUUUGGAUUUGUAGGAAUGGCCUACAUUUCAUUUGGUGCUUAGUUAGCAGAUUUUAAUUCAUUGGGCAAUGCUAUAAGAAAAUGUUUCGAGAUUACUAUUGGAGACUUUGACUAUGAUUCUCUUAAGCAGGCAAAUGAACCGAUGGCUGUUAUUUUCUUCUUUCCCUUCAAUGUCCUCUUUGUUUUUAUCCUAACUAAUAUAUUCUUGGCUAUUAUCAAUGAGGCUUAUGAAGCUAACUAAUUAGCGAACGAGGAUUAUGAUUCAAUUAACAUUCUCUCAAGUAUUUUCUACUGUCUGAUACCUAAUGAAAAGUAAAAACAGAAUAAGAGAAAAUCAGCUGGAAUUGAUAAAAAGAAUUAGUAGAAUGAUUAUCUUGAGGUUUUUGAAAAGCUAGUUGUUAAUCUUUAGAUUUCAAUGUCUGAUUUAAAAGCAUGGGCUAUAAACUGUGCAGAUGAAAUAAAAUCAGAAUUGAAGAAGAGGACACAGCUGAGAAAUGAAAAUAGAGAUAUUCUCCUGAAUAAAUUCAAGAAGUUGAAGAGUAUUGAGGAGGGUAAAAGUGUAGGCACUGGUGUUGCUGCUCAGGGAAAGAGAUUUGAUGAAAUUGAAUGCUACAAAAAGAGACUUCAAUACUGGGAUUAUAUAAGAAACGGUAUAUAGUUUAUUUCUUUCCAAAAUAAGAUUUUGGGUGCUGUGCUGAAGUAAAAGGAGAAAGAAAUCUAGGAAAAGACUGAUCAAUAUUAUAAAGAGAAGGAGAAGACUCAGGAAAUAUAUAAAUAUCUUGCUCUUUUAGAGAAGCCAGUAGAAGAUAGACUAGAGUAAAUUAUGAAGUACAGAAAAGUCCUAUCAUUACUUGAGCAGGAAAAGAAUCUACUGAUCAAUGAGGAGGAAAAAGAUGAAGAUGGUGAAGAAGAGCAAGAAGGUCAAGAUGAUAAGAAAGAUGAUAAAAACACAAAGGGAGGGCAAUCAGCCCCAAGCAAGAUGGGUAAAAAUGAUAGAUUUAAUAAAGGCCUUAAGAGUUAAGUAACUGAGACUGAUGCAUCUUAGAAGAAAAAAUAAUGA